CCUCAAACUUCAAUCUCCCUCCUUGUUCCUCAGUUCAAAUCAAACUCUGUUUUUCUCUCUCUAGGUGAUUGCAAAUGGCGUUUUCUUUCUCUAGAAAACCCUCUUCAAGAUACAGUACCUACGAUUCAUCACGUUCUUCAACUUCCUCUCACUUCUCAGACCCAUCUUCAUCCUAUGAGUUCAAAUCACACUCUUCAUCUCGUGCCAUAGUCAAAGCUAAACCCUCUCAAACCACAAAAGUGGAUCCUGCAGUAACCACAAUGGUUAAGAAAUUCAUGGCGAAUAAGCCGAAAUCAGUGAACCCUGGUUCCACCAAGUUGUUCAUUCCUUCUGAUGUUAUUGCUAAGGAUUUGAAGAAGGAUGCUAAAAAGGUCACUGGCUUUUCUGCUUUGCAGAAGAAGUUGUUUGGGAAGAGUGGAUCGUGUGAGAAGAAAGAGAAGGUGAAGGCUUUGACUGAAGUGAAGGGGAAUACUAGGACACUUGCUAUGGUUCUGAGGAGUGAGAGGGAGCUUCUGAGUAUUAAUAAGGAGCAAGAGGAUGAGAUUUCGAAGCUCAAGAUCAUGAUUGAAAACAAGAAUAAAGAGGUAGAGAAGUUGAAGGAUUUGUGCUUGAACCAAAGAGAAGAAAUCAAGUCAUUGAAGAACAGUAUUUUGUUCCCAGAGGUUAUGAAUUCUCAACUUCAGGAACUUGUAGAGAAACAAGGCUCAGAGCUGAAAGAAGCAAAACAGGUCAUUCCAUCUCUACAACAGCAGGUUUCUUCUCUCACUGGUCAGCUUCAAAGCCUCGCCGAGGAUCUUGCUGAGGUUAAGGCUGAUAAGUAUUCGGCGAAAACAGGCUUCCAAGGUUAUGGAAGCUCUCCGAGAACACCGCCACCACAUGGCAGGGAAGAUACCUCAAACUCUUGGGAUUUUAGCUCCGAGGACAUGGCGGAUGAUCUAUUACUCAAAGAUCUUAAUCCAUGUUUAACACCUUACAAAUCCAACAAGUCAAGAUCAAGGGAAUCACUGCAGGAUGAUAGCUUAUCUGAGGAUGAUGUCAAAGUAUAUCCUGAGUUACUGGAUGAUUUCGAUUCUUAUGAUAGGAAAUUUUCGAAAAGUUCCGACUGUUACCACCAUAACACCGGGAAAAUCAGCAACAUAGGAGUCACAGCCAAAGCAAGUCGAAGAUCUGACGACACCAAAACAGCAUGGAGGUAGAAUGAAUGAACCAUAAACUUAUAUGAGCAACCUCAAUCACUGCUUCUUGUUGAGAUUCCUCAACUCUUUUCAAUGAUUUCAUCUUUCGGUUCAGUGAGCAUACUUUGUCUGUUUUAGAAGUUGGACAGUAUUGUGUCUUAUAAUACACGUAACAUUGAAUUGUCCAUCCUUGUAUAUGGUCAUAUGAGCAGUGAAUACGGUUUUGGAAUCGUUAAGCUAAUAAAUAUAAUGCUUGAAAA